AUGUUUAACGAAGUCAACGAUAGUGACUUAAUAAUUGACCAUGGGCCUUUCUCCAUCCUGAAGUGCACGCAGCUGCGGAAGCUGGGCCUGCUCAACGCCAGGGACUUCUCGGGCGAGCGCAUGCGCCUGCUGGAAGAGAACCUGCAGAAGCUCGUCUCCCUCAAGCUGACGUACCCGUGCCAGAUGAAGCAGUCGCACUUCCGCUACCUCUUCAGCGGGCAGACCUCCAACCUGCACAACCUCGUCAAGCUCUCCCUGAUCGCGUGCUGGGGGCUAGAGGACGCCGGCCUGCAGGCCGUGGUGGAGACGUGCAAGGGCAGCUUGCAGUCGCUGUCGCUCAAGUGCUGCAAGACGCUGUCGGGCGCGGCGCUGCGCGGCGUGGUGCGGCAGUGCUCGCUGCUGCGCCGCCUCAACGUGGCGUACGCCUCGCAGGUGUCCCCGCCUCGCAGCGCCGCCGCCGCCGCCGCCUUCUCCUACCUCGACGACGUGCCCUACCACCUGCCCAAGCUGGCCAAGCUCGUGGUGGACCUGGCGUACCGCAAGGGCCACUGCCUGGCCAACUUGCACGGCCGGAUGCCGGACCUCGCCAUCGCCGUCAGCCACUCCGAGUUCAGCAACGACGAGAUCCUGCUGGCGUUCUAG